CGGACAAUGCAAACGAAUCUGCUGUAAAUGACAGUCAUUCACUCUUCAAACUGGACAGGUACCGUUUACAUAUUCACAAUUUGUUAAUUCAAUAAACUUCAGGAACUACGUAACAUAUGAUUUAUCCAAUAUUGAACCGAAGUCCAACUAUUUGUCUGUGAAAAUUGUAGUCCGGUAUUGUUGCAUAGUGGUGUCCAGGCAGCUCUUUUGGACUACAAUUACCAUAAUUAUCUGCCAACCUAAAAGCCACAUCUAAUUAUUAUUAUAAUAUUUAUAUAGGGUCAACAAAUUCUGUAGUGCUUUACAAUGGGUGGUCUAACAAACAUGUAAUUAUAACCAGACAAGUUUGACACACAGAAACAGAGGGGUUGAGGGCCCUGCGCAAUGAGCUUACAUGCUAGAGGGAGUGGAAUAAAGUGACACAAAAGGUAAGGGAAUUAUUAGGGAAGUAGAUUGGUAGAAUAGUAUUUAAUGAAGACUAAGUGUGGGGUUUUGUAGCCAUUACCAGUUUAAUUGAUAUGCUUUUGUGAAAAAGUGAGUUUUUAAUGAUUUUUUUUUGAAGGAGUGGAGACUAGGUGAGCAUCUAACAGAAAAGGGAAGGGACUUCCACAGGAAUGGUGCACCCUAGAGAAGUCUUGAAGGCGAGCAUCAGAGGUGGGAGUACAAACAGAGGAUAGACGCAGGUCUUCAGCAGAGCGUAUUUGUGUAUUAGGGAUGAUAGGUAGGAGCAGCAUUAUGUAGAGAUUUGAAAGAAAGAACCAGAAUUUUAUAUUGAGCCCUAUAUCUUACUAGAAGCCAAUGCAGGGACUGACAGAGGGAUCAGGCGUGGGAGGUGCGGGCGGACAGGAAGAUGAGCCUCACCGCCGCAUUCAUUAUAGACUGCAGUGGGGCAAGUUGGGAGCAUGUGAGAAAACUGAGAAGUGGAUUGCAGUAGUCAAGGCAAGAGAGGACAGUGGAAUGGACCAGAACCAUAGCCGCAUCUGGCGUUAAGUAGGGGUGUAUACGCACAAUGUUUUUGAGAUGGAAGCAGCAGGAUUUGGUGAUCAACUGGACCUGAGGGGUGAAAAAGUUCGGAGUCAAAAAACACCUAGGCAGCCAUCCAGUUAUAAAUAGCAGAGAGGCAGUCAGAGACACUAGUCAAGAGGGGCUUGGAGAGAUCAGGAGAGAACAGAUAGAUUUCCGUGUCAUCCGCAUAGAAGUGAUAUUGUAAGCCAAAGGAGCUGAUCAGUUUACCAAGGGAGGCAGUAUAUAUCAAGAACAGUAGGGGACCAAGGACUGAACCUUGGGAGGAAGAGGCAGAGGCAGAUGCAGAGAAAGAGACACUAAAAGGGCGCUGGGUGAGGUAGGAGGAGCACCAGGAGAGAGCAAUAUCUCGUAGACCGAGAUUACAGAGGAUGAAAAGAAGCUGUUUAUAAUUAACAGUAUCAAAGGCAGCAGGAAGGGCAAGGAGAAUUAGGAUAGAAUAGUGACCAUCUAAUCAAGCAUAUGAGUGGCUUAUGUGAUAAUUUCACCUGGCAUUGUCUAAUGAGCAGAUAACGCAAAUUCUCAGUUGCACUCAUGGGUAAAGAUGAUAAAAGCGCCUUAUACAUGCCUCCCCCGAUUGUAAUAGGGGGCUAGAGUUCCUCCUUCGACUUCUCUCCGGACUGGUAUUUUAAUUCACCAAAAACGUUUUACCAGAGUUGUCUUCCGAAAAAAGGAUAUUUAUUAAACCAACUUAAAAUAAUUACACAUUAGUGUUAAAAUCCUUGACACACUCCUUGACACGCUGAGGUCUGAGGUCUAUCUACUUAAAUAUUCCUGCAGCCUUAUUUACACUGAACAAAAUUAUAAACGCAACACUUUUGUUUUGCCCCCAUUUUUCAUGAGUUGAACUCAAAAAUCUAAGACUUUCUAUAUACACAAAAGGCCUAUUUCUCUCAAAUAUUGUUCACAAAUCUCUCUAAAUCUGUGUUAGUGAGCACUUCUCCUUUGCCGAGACAAUCCAUCCACCUCACAGGUGUGGCAUAUCAAGAUGCUGAUUAGACAGCAUGAUUAUUGCACAGAUGUGCCUUAGGCUGACCACAAUAAAAGGCCACUCUAAAAUAAAAGGAAAAAUAGUAAAGGAAAUAGAAUACGUCCAACUCACACCAAAGUGUAAAUUACAUGGAUUUACAACCUGGAUUUAUAGUAUAGGAGAUUCUGGAGAACCAAUCAUCUGCAAAUGAAAAAAAUAUAUAGUGUUAUACCAUAGGUACAAAGAAAUGGGGGGAAGGGGUGGUAGAGAACGCAUUAGAGGGCUGGAAAAUCAUGCAUAUCUCCCUUAUGUAGGGUAGCAAUGUAUGGAGCUUUUCCUGGAUAUCUCUUCUUGCUCACUAUGAUUUCAGAUGAAAUAUUAGCAUAUCUCCACAAAUAGUGGUGACAAGAUGUGGCAGCUAGAUCUCCAAAAGAAGUUCCCGUAAUCUGGAAAGAGCGAGAUACAGUGCAGAAGACAAACAUAGAUGAAAACAAUGUAAUUUAAAAAUCCUAUGCGUUUCGUCCAGCUUGACUUUUUCAGGGAUGUGACUGUAGAAUAGCCAUGUUUACCUUUGAGGGUUAACACGGCUUAAGUUGCUGUAAGGAAGACCGUCACAAGAGGAGGUUCCUCUGCUAUAACGAAGUUAAACUCAGUUACAGAUUUCUAUUUGAUUAGCACUGGAUUGGCUAACAUCAUCGACAUUCAUGCUCACAGCCAAAGAGGUGGCACGGCAGCAAGGAGGGCAGUGUGGCAAAGGCUAAAAGUUAAGUAAUAUUCUCCUUUCAAACACUCACAUGGGGGGGGUUGUAUUCCUAACACUAUAGUGCUACUAUAAAUGAAUGGCCAGUGGCUCCCAGCAUAGAAGAUUGUUCCUCUACAGGCUAGCAAACUUUCUUGGAGUAUAUAAAUGAGGAUGAGUGAGGUUUUGUGGAAAAAAAAUUAGCAAUGAAAUAUAAACAAAAGUGGCAAAACAUGUAUACAUGAUUCUGGGAGUGUGGCAUGGGGAAAAGGAUUCUAGUGACAUUGGGAGAACUAUUCUAUGGAAGGAAAGAGGUAAAUUAAAUUUUAAAGAUUUACUGACACAAGGAGGAGAAAAGCAUCCUUAAAAUCACACUCACUGACGAUCAGAGCAAUUCACUGAAAUGAGAAAUAAAAGUGAAAUUUCAGGUUUAACCCCUUAAGGACUGAGCCAAAUGUACAUGUUGUGAACGAAACAAAAUGUAAACAAAACCUGGCAUUUGCGCUACAUGUCUGUCCAACCGUAAUUCACCUCUUUCAUAUUAAAUGCACACACCCAUAUUAUAUAUCAUUUUAUUCAGGGGAAACAGGGCUUUCAUUAAAUAUCAAAUAUUUAGCUAUGAAACAUAAUUUAUAUAUGAAAUAAAUUGGAGAAAAUAAGAUUUUAUUAGAUUUUUUUAGUUCUACAUGACAUUUUAACUGUCAAUGUCAUAAUACGGUUUGCUUUUACUGCAAUAAAAUACACAUAUUUCUAUUCAGCAAAGUCUCAUGUGUAAGACAGUACCCCCUAUGUACAGGUUUUAUGGCGUUUUGGGAAGUUACAGGGUCAAAUAUAGCACGUUACAUUUGAAAUUGAAAUUUGCCAGAUUGGUUACGUUGCCUUUGAGACUGUAUAGUAGCCCAGGAAUGAAAUUUACACCCAUAAUGGCAUACCAUUUGCAAUAGUAGACAACCCAAGGUAUUGCAAAUGGUGUAUGUCCAGUCUUUUUUAGUAGCCAUUUGGUCACAAACACUGGCCAAAGUUAGCGUUGGUAUCUGUUUGUGUGAAAAAUGCAAAAAAACGCCAAUUUUGGCCAGUGUUUGUGACUAAGUGGCUACUAAAAAAGACUGGACAUACCCCGUUUGCAAUACCUUGGGUUGUCUACUAUUGCAAAUGUUAUGCCAUCAUAGGGGUAAUUUUCAUUCUUGGGCUACCAUAGGGUCUCAAAGGCACCGUAACCAAUCUGGCGAAUUUUAAUGUGAAAAAAAUGAAACACAAACCUUAUAUUUGACGCUGUAACUUUUGAAAACACCAUAAAACCUGUACAUGAGGGGUACUGUUGUACUCGGGAGACUUCGCUGAACACAAAUAUUUGUGUUUCAAAACAGUAAAAAGUAUCGCAGCAAUAAUAUCGUCCAUGUAAGUGCUGUUUGUGCAUGAAAAAUGCAAAAAAAUCACUUUUACUGGCGAUAUCAUCGUUGUAAUACAUUUUACUGUUUUGAAACACUAAUAUUUGUGUUCAGCGAAGUCUCCCGAGUAGAACAGUACCCUCCAUGUACAGGUUUUAUGGUGUCUUGGAAAGUUAUAGGGUUAAAUAUAGUGCUAGCAAAUUAAAUUCCCUUUACUUUCGGCAUGGGUUGUCAGGCAGGUCCCGCUAAUUGUAAUUAAUUAAGAUACCUAAUUAUGUAAAAAUAUUACAUAAAUAUAUAUAUAUAUAUAUAUAUAUAUAUAUAUAAUUUUUUUCAAAUAUUUUGUGAUAUAUACGUAUAUAUUUAUGUAUGUAGAUAUAUAUAUUAUUUCGUUCUAUGUGUAUUUUGAUAUAAAUAUAUAUUAAUAUCACAAUACAGUUAGAACAAAAUAACACACAUCUAUAUAAUUUUUAAUUAUUUUUUAUUUUAUUUUUUAACGUAUUUACAUAUUAAAUUUUUUUAUAUUUUAUAUAUAUAUAUAUAUAUAUAUAACAAUAAUUAUAUAUAUUUAAUCAGCAUCAGUCUACGUGUAAUUUGAGAUAUAUAUAUAUAUAUAUAUAUAUAUAUAUAUAUAUUAAUAGUAAAAUACACCUAGACAGUGUACAUGUGUGUAUAUAUAUAUACACACACACAUAUAUAUAUAUAUACACACACACACACACACACACACACACACACACACCAUAUAUAUAUACAGAAGCCAGCUAUCCUGGGCCAUGUGAUUGUGAGGUCCUCGCAAGGACCUCACUCUCACAUGGCCGGGGGGAACCGGAGGAGGAGGAUCGGCUGCGGGGGGGCUCCCUGGGAGUUCCCCCCCCCACCGCGAUCGCCGGCGUGGGACCGCCGGCGACCGGGUAACUAAACAAUUACGCCCAGCGGCGUUUAGAGCCGCUUAAAAUAGGACGUAAUUGUACGCCCUCCGGUCUUAAGGGACACUACAGUCACCAAAACAACUUUAGCUUAAUGAAGCAGUCUUUGUGUAUAGACCAUGCCUCUGGAGUUUCAGUGCUCAAUACUCUGCCAUUUAGGAGUUAAGCCGCUUUGUAUAUGUUUAUGCAGCUCUAGCCACACCUACUCUGGCUGUGACUGACACAGCCUGUAUGAAAACAAAAUGGUUUCACUUCUAAUCAGAUGUAACUUAAUUGAAAAGUUUGUAUCUCCUGCUCUGUAAAUUGAACUUUAAUUACAUACAGGAGGCUCCUGCAGGGUCUAGCAAGCUAUUAACUAGGCAGGAGAUAAGGAACUCUAAAUUAAACAGAAUUUGUAAUAAAGAAAGUGUAAACACUAGAUGACUCUUUACAGGAAGUAUUUAGGAAAGCUAUGCACGCCACAUGCAGGGAAGUGUGACUGGGCUGCAUAAACAAUGUGAUCUCACUCCUAAAUGGCAAAUAAUUGAGCAGUGAGACUGCAGGGGCAUGAACUAUAAACCAAAACUGUUGUUUUGGUGACUAUAGUGUCCCUGUAAGACCAGAUUAGCCGAACUAGACGCAUAGUUGACUUAGAGAAUUUUAUCAGCUCAACUAUUUUGACCUUACAUUUGAAAUUCAUUUUAAUUUCUCACGUUAGUGAAAGAUUCUGUAUAUAUACACACAAGAGUGUGAGAGAAACCUAAAUAUGGAUACAGUGUAUUUACCUAUAGCAACAUUAUAUAAAGUGUGUCACAUUUUAAAAUAUCCAGUAUCCAGUACACUGUUGAUAGUCAGAUUCUAUCGUGCAUUGUAAGCAAAUUGAAGUUCCUCAUUAUAAAAGCAUUAAAUUCUAAUUUACAAAUAAUGGUCAUUUAUUUGCUCUGAAUAAAAAAAAAAAAAAGUUUGAUUGCCUUAGCUGUAAGCUGUAUGCACACAAUGCACAUUAUUAUAAGAGUUUCAUAUAGCGUAAUUUACACUGUUUUUAUUGUCCUUCACACUAAGUGUAUUAAAACAGAUUGGAGAUUCCGAAAAAAAAUGUUUUUCACUGCGAUCAUUUUUGUGUUCUCUGCAAAUUAUUUUUGAGUACAGCAUGUAUUGUAUAUUAACUUAAUAUUGUUCAAUAGAUAAAAGAAGGAAAUCUAUCAUUUCCAUCUGCGCCUAAAACAAGGAAACACAUAAUUCACUGUUUAGAAUGGGAAAAAAAAAAUGUAUUGUAUCUGACAAGACCUUGCAUUGAAACAUGUAAAAAGAAUGACAAUAAAAAGAGGGACUUGUGAAUAUUUUUAAAGAUCACUUCGAGGGGGAAAAAAAAUCUGUAUGCAACAAUUAAGUAGAUAUAACAAUACUGAAAACAUGUAUUUUUAGGUAAGCAUCCUGUGUAAGAACAGACUUAAAAGUCUUCUAAUUGAGAAGUCUCUGAUUGGGAGCCGCUAGCUCGAAGCUUUCAGCCCAAGUUCUCAGGGCUGAAAGGAAAUCCAAGAAAGGGCUGAAAUUGAUUCCAUGGGCAGCAGGCACACUUGUACUCAGGGGAGAAGGCAGGCGCUAAUGGCAUUAGGAAAAAAUCUUCCCAGCUCUCUAACUGGCAGUCGGGGGUGUUUUUGACAUGAGUUUUAAAUAGAAAUGAGCAGAUUUAUAAACUGCAAUUAAGAGGGAACACUGCUGUGUUAUAUGGAAUGUAUCUUUAAUAGAGUUGAGCGAACCCAAACUUUACGGGUUUGUACCGAAUAUUACAUUUUUUGGAACCCGGACCUGAACACGGACAUUUCACUGUAUGUUCGGGUUGAAGUGCGGUGAUUGGCGAUUUAAUGGCCUGUUUUGAAAGGCUGCAGGGCAGCCAAUCAACAAGCGUUUGACUUGUGUGCCCCUAGAAGCCACCAUAGCCAUGCCUACUAAUGACAUGGCUGUGAUUGGCCAGUGCAGCAUGUGAGCUAUCUACCAAAAGGCUGAAAGAUCUAAAUUGGUCUUUCAGCCACAUUUACUAAUACUAAGUAAAGAUUACUUAGUAUUAGUAAAUUCAGCCCCUACUCGCUAUACUGUGAGUAGGGGCAUGUCUAGUAAACAGUGAGCAGCCAGUGGCUGCUCACUGUAAAAAACAAAACAAAAACCUAUUGGCCCCCACCCCUAAAUGGUGGGUGGGGGCCCUAAAGUAAAAUAAGGGGGGGGACUAUUGUCCUCCCCCUCUGACUCCCACCCUAGAGCGGUGGGUGGGGGCCCUAACUAAGAAUGAGGGGGGGGGGGAUCUACUCUCCUCCCCCCAACCCCCCUGCGCGGUGGGUGGGGACCCUAAAUAAGAAUGAGGGGGGGACCUACUGUCCUCCCCCCCCCGGCCCCCACCUCUGAGUGGCGGGUUGUAAAUUUACAAUAAGGGGGGGACCUAUUGUCCUCCCCCCUUGUCCCCAUCCCUAGGCUGUGGGUGGGGGCCCUAAAUAAAAAUGUACCCCCCCGUCUCCCCACUACCCCCAACAAAUAACCCCUACCUAGCCCCUCAUCCUAAAAAUAAUGAGGGGGGACUAUAAGCUAAAUACCUGUAAAAAAAACAAAAAAAAACUUACCAUUUGAUGUCUUCUUUCUUCUAAAAUCUUCUUUUUUCAGCCCCCAAAAAAGGCCAAAUAAAAAUCCAUAACAACCGACGCACUUUAAAAACAAAAUUUUAAAAAAAUCCAUGUUCACCUGGAGGGCUCCGCGCAGACUGAGCUCUGCAGGGCGGGGGAAGGCUUAUAAAGCCUUGCCCCGCCCUGCAAUUAGGUUCAGAGCACUCUGAUUGGUGGAUUUCAAGCUAACCAAUCAGAGUGCUGUGACAGGUAAAAGUAGAGGGGGCCGUGGGGGAGGACAGUAGGUCCCCAUCCAUUGUUAUUUAGGGCCCCCACCCACCGCUCAGGGGUGGGGGCUGGGGAAGAGGACAGUAGGUCCCCCUCCCCCUCAUUGUUAUUUAUGGUCCCCACCCGCCGCUCAGGGGUGGGGGCCGGGGGGGGAGGACAAUAGGUCCCAACCUUAUUUUACUUUAGGGCCCACACCCGCCGUUCAGAGGUGGGGGCCAAUAGGUUUUUUUUUUACAGUGAGCAACCACUGGGGAAUUAGGGAGUUAUCUACUAAGCGGCUGCUGGGUUCAAAAAUCUGUUCCAAUUUAUUUAUUUAAAGUGUUUUAAAAGUAAUCUGAAAAUUUUAACAUUUCUUUCAUGUAUCAUCUGAAAGAGUUUUGCUACUCUACAAUGCUGUCCCACUAAGAAAGCUGUGAGAAUCAGAACUGCCGUCAGGACGUGACAGCUGUGACAGUGGUCCUGGGGGGACUCAACUGCUUGGGGAGACUUCAUCUGAUCUUGGAAUCUGCGUCUUCUGACAGCGAAAACAAAGUCUCUUGACAGCUUCAGUACUCAGCAGAUCUGGCAUCAGGGGGGUACAGUCAGAACAGUUGUAUUGGUCCGGGCCAGAGCCACAGGAAGAGCCCGGGACCUAUACCUACAAUGGGCAUAUAUAGCUAUUAUUGCUAUAUAGGUAUGCAGUUAAGGGCCCUGCUGACUUCCAUAGUAAACUGGUGGUCCAGCAUACUCCUAAUUGUCCUUUUGGCAGCGGCGGUGACGUGUGGUGUAGGAGACAGAUGUAUGGGGGGGCCCCAGGGCAAUAGUUACGCCUCUGCCCUAUUGAGAAUAUUCCAGGCUACCUUCCUGUACCAAAAUAAAAGUGUGUAAAUAAAAGUUGGAUUUGUUUACUUAGUCCCAAUAAUGUACCCAGUGCAGAAGGAAUGGUAACAUUGUGACUGCUGGAACCACCAACCUGAGGUUGACAGGAACACCGUACACAAUUUAAUGACAUUCUACUAUUGUGUCUUUUUUUUUUUUAUAGUUUUCGCUGCAACAAAGCAUUAUAUUGUGUAUAUAUAUAUAUAUAUAUAUAUAUAUAUAUAUAUCAGUCUGUAAUGGUUGCUUGGACUGUUCCUACAACAAUCAGAAUUUAUCAGUAAAUAGAUUUGGAGCUAUUCUUCUUAAAAGUUGAUUUUGCUGCGUAGAAAUUAUAAGCAAAAUAUUGAAGAUGUAGUUAUAGUGCACACGUUUUUUCUAUCAAUAGAAAGCACAUUUGAACUAUAAACAUCUAAACCACACAUUUUAAUGUACAUUACCACCUAUAAUAAACUGUGUAACCCAAUGCUCUGUAAAGCUAGGCCAUGCGAUCAUCAGCCAGCUUGGAAUCAUUACCAGACAUUAUUGAUUCCAUUUCACUGAUACAAUGUGUUCUAAAACAAACAAAUCCUGUGCAGACGCCGAACCUCCACGUGUAUAGUGAUAGCUCCUCCCACUCUCCCAUACCUGCCACGCCCCCUUCUUGCUUCGACCCAUGGGAUGCACCCACGUAACGCGGCAUGACGUCACGAAGGCGGAAGCGGCCGUUGUCACUGUGUAUCCAAUACAGGUCCCUGUCAUUCUCACCGGGCCGGGCCCUGCCGCUGCUCCUCAUCACCGGCCGCGGGGGGCUGCUGACCGAUGGCUUCCACAGGCUGCGUGGGCAGCGGGCGGGAGUAACUAGCUUCUGCUUCUGCUGACAGGUGAUAAGAGGGUACCUGCUUAGAUCCGGCCAUCUCCCCUCCUGAAGGGCUCUAUACAGUGACUAACCCGACUGGCCGGGAUAUCUGCACAGGGAAAGGGCGGAAUUUAUAUUGUACUUAAUUAUUUUAUUUACUAAUUACGCAUGCAGUGGCUGGGUUUUUUUGUUCAGCCCUCCCCCCAAAGGUUGGUACAGGGUUACCUGUAUGAUUGCUCUGUAGUUGACUUUGUGUUUACAUUAUUUGAAAAUGUUGAUUAAUCCAAUUCAUUACUCUAUGCUUGUAAUUUAUAGAGACCAUCCUCAAACUUAAAGGACCACUCUAGGCACCCAGACCACUUCAGCUUAAUGAAGUGGUCUGGGUGCCAGGUCCAGCUAGGGUUAACCCAUUCCAUUCUUUUAUAAACAUAGCAGUUUCAGAGAAACUGCUAUGUUUAUGAAUGGGUUAAGCCUUCCCCCAGAGCCUCUAGCGGCUGUCUCAUUGACAGCCGCUAGAGGCGCUAGCGUGCUUCUCACUGAUUUUCACAGUGGGAGCAUGCCAGCGUCCAUACGAAAGCAUUGUGAAUGCUUUCCUAUGCGACCGGCUGAAUGCGUGCGCGCAUUCAGCCGACGGGGAGGAACAGAGGAGGAUCGGAGGCAGAGAGCUCCCCGCCCAGCGCUGGAAAAAAGUAAGUUUUUCCCUCUUUCCCCCUUCCAGAGCCGGACGGGAGGGGGUCCCUGAGGGUGGGGGCACCCUCAGGGCACUAUAGUGCCAGGAAAACGAGUAUGUUUUCCUGGCACUAUAGUGGUCCUUUAAAAAAAAAAAAAAAAAGGUAAAAUGAUCAGAGUGCAUGUUACCAAUGGUUUCCUAUCAUGCAUGUAAACACCUAUUCAAAGAAACAUCCUAACAUUAAACGUAUAUAUUUAAAGGAACAGUUUAGAAUUUGGAAUACAAAGCUGUAUUCCUAACACUGUAGGACCCCAGAGAGUAGAGUGCUGCCCUUUAGGAGAGAGCAAGAGACACGUAUGUAAUGUAGAGGUUACUCUUGGAGUCCAUAAGCUUUCCUAAAGAGAUGGGUUUUAAGGCACUUCUUAAACAAUUGAAGACUAGGGGAGAUGUCAGUCGGAGCUGGGUCGGAUCCUCCACUGACGUCAGCCAAUGGGGGGGAUAACUAAUGCGUGUGUUUAUUACUUCCCCAUAGGAAAGCAUUGAUUCAGUGUUUUUUUUUAUUUUUUUUAAUUUUUUUUAUGGAAGUUUUCAACAUGCUGGAUGUCCAGUGUCGUUGCACGGAGUCAAAAUCUGCGGGCUGAUGACUCCCCCCUCCCAAUUUAACAAAAACUAAUGCAGACCAUUAGAUCUCUCUUAUAAAACACAUUAGGACAGGAAAUAUCAAUCAAAUAAGAUGGGAGUGAAUCAGAGCUGGAGGAGAGAGUAGAGUGCUGCCCUUUAGGAGAGAGCAAGAGACACGUAUGUAAUGUAGAGGUUACUCUGGGAGUCCAUAAGCUUUCCUAAAGAGAUGGGUUUUAAGGCACUUCUUAAACAAUUGAUCCUCCACUGACGUCAGCCAAUGGGGGGGAUAACUAAUGCGUGUGUUUAUUACUUCCCCAUAGGAAAGCAUUGAUUCAGUGUUUUUUUUUUUUUAUGGAAGUUUUCAACAUGCUGGAUGUCCAGUGUCGUUGCACGGAGUCAAAAUCUGCGGGCUGAUGACUCGCCCCUCCCAAUUUAACAAAAACUAAUGCAGACCAUUAGAUCUCUCUUGGAUUAGGUUUGAUUGGUUUUUUUUUGCAUAUAUUUAGCAGUUUGAUUUCUCAAAGUAUCUGAAAUUCAGUUUAGUGAAUAACCCUGUGUGUGCCACACCUAUAGAAAUACUCUCUAUUACAGUGGUUCCCAAACGUUUAAGGUUCAAGGCGCCCUUUAUAUUUAAAUAUUUUUCCAAGCGCCCCAAGUCAAAACAAAUUUCUAGGUAGUAUAUAUGUACAGCGCUGCAGCAUAUACUGGGCAGAAAUGUUUCCUGGUCAGGGUCGGAUCCUGAAACAAAUCUUGGGAGGGGCUCUGGUAGAUUAUUUAAGGACACAAUCCAGGCACAAUAACCAUUUAAGCACUUUGUAGUGCUCCCAGGGUAAGUAGUCGGGAGCUGAAAAUUGUUUUUUUUUUUAUAUAUAUAUAGGAUAGGGGCUGUAGUAUGUGAGAAGGAGGUAGUGUGUGUGUGGGGGGGGGGGAGUAGUACCUCCUUCUCACAUACUACAGCCCCUAUCCUAUAUAUAUAAAAAAAAAAAACAAUUUUCAUAUCCCUCCUUGCUUACCUUACAUUACUAAUCCCUGGUGGUCCUAGUGGUGAGAGUGAACUCUAGUCUGCAGCUCAGGCUAGAGUUCACUCUCGCGAGAUUCGGAGCGUUGCCAUGGUAACCGAGGCAAAGUUCCGAGCUCGCCAGAGGAGAACCUGGCGGAGCAGCAGGUUAAAGCUCCCCCAGGUCCUCUCAGCCUCUGACCAGCAUUACAGUGCUAGCGGGCUGAAGAGGGAGAUCUCUGAUCUCCCCUCCGGUCCUGCAGAGCCAGCAGGGGAGAGGGAGGCACAGUUCCCAUUGCUAUGAUCUUAGCACCGGGGAAAAAAAUUUGCGGCACAGUUUGGGAACAGCUGCUCUAUUAUGUUUUUUAUUUGACAAGGUAUAUUAUUAUUAUCACCAUUCAUAUAGUGCCAACAGAUUCCGUAGUGCUUUACAAUAUGAGAGGGGGGAUUUAGGGCAAUUACAAGAAAACUUACAGGAACAAUAGGUUGAAGAGGACCUUCUAUAGGUGGUGGGGUAUAAAACACAUUAGGACAGGAAAUAUCAAUCAAAUAAGAUGGGAGUGAAUCAGAGCUGGAGGAGAGAGUAGAGUGCUGCCCUUUAGGAGAGAGCAAGAGACACGUAUGUAAUGUAGAGGUUACUCUGGGAGUCCAUAAGCUUUCCUAAAGAGAUGGGUUUUAAGGCACUUCUUAAACAAUUGAAGACUAGGGGAGAGUCUGAUGGGGGUAGGCAGGCUAUUCCAUAGGAAGGGAGCCGCCCGCAAGAAAUCCUGCAAGCGCAAGUUGUUGUAUGGGUGCAAACAGCUGACAGGAGACGGUCACAGGCAGAGCGGAGGGACCGAGAAGGGGCAUACCUGUGGCUCUGUGAAGAGAUAUGAGGGACUAGAAUUGUUCAGUGCUUUAUAGGUGUGAAUUAGUACCUUGAAUUGACUCCUAUAGGAUACAGGAAGCCAAUGUGAGGACCGACUAGAGAGGAAAAUCAGUCUGGUGGCAGCAUUCAUUACAGACUGUAGCGGGGCAAUACGGCUUUUGGAAAGACCAAUCAGGAGAGGGUUACAAUAAUCCAUGCGAGAAAUUACUAGAGCAUGGACAAGCUCCUUGGUAGCAUCUUUCGGGGCGGAUGCUGACUGUUUUUAAGGUGGAAUCUACAGGAUUUGGCAGCAUACUGGAUGUGAGGCUCAAAGGUGAGGCCAGAGUCAAGUAUGACGCCAAGACAGCAUGCUUGCAAGGAUGGACUUAUGUGGAUACCACUGACUUGAAGGGAGAGUGAGAGAGGAGUAUCAGUAUUAGGAGGAGGAAAGACAAGUAGUUCAGUUUUAGAUUUAAAACUAUUAUUUUAACUAUAUUAUUUUAGCUGCUUAAUCAGUAUAUCAGUAGAUUUAAAACUAGAUGAGUUUCAGAAAGCGGGAGGACAUCCAGUCAGAGAUGGAAGAAAAGCAAGCAGUGACACGUUGCAGGAUGGCAAGGGAGAGGUCCAGGUAGGAGAGAUACAUCUGGUUGUCAUCAGCGUACAGGUGGUAGUGGAAUCCAAAAAAGGCAAUAAGUUUGCCAAGAGAGGCAGUAUAAAGAGAAAAUAGAAGGGGACCAAGGAGAGAGCCUUGGGGGACUCCAACAGAGACAGGACGAGGGGAGGAGGUAUCCUUGGAAAAGGAGACACUGAAUGAGCGUUGGGAGAGAUAAGAGGAAAACCACGAGAGGACAGAGUCACAGAAACCGAGUGAUUGAAGAGUUUGAAGAAGGAGAGCAUGAUCAAUGGUGUCAAAGGCAGCAGAGAGGUCAAGAAGUAUUAGUAUGGAGUAGUGGCCUUUGGAUUUAACUGCGAUUAGCUCAUUAGUAACUUUGAUAAAGCAGUCUCAGUAGAGUGGAGAGGGCCGAAGCCAGACUGAAGAGGGUAAAGGAGAGAGUUGGAAUUGAGGAAGCGAGACACACGGGUAAAGACAAAUCUUUCCAGAAGCUUUGAGGAAAAAGGGAGCAGGGAUAUGGGACGAUCGUUAGAGGGGGAGGACGGGUCAAGAGAUGUUUUUGUUUUUUUUCAGGAUAGGUACUACAGUGGCAUGUUUAAGGUCAGCAGGGAAAAUGCCAGAAGAGAGAGAGCAGUUGAAGAUGUGUGUUAAGGAAGGCACAAGACAAGGGAAGAGAGAUCUGAUGAGUUGAGACGGGAUAAGAUCGAGCGGGCAAGUGGUGGGGCGGGAGGAAAGGAGAAGCGCAGCCACCUGUUGUUCAGUAGCUGGGGAGAAAGUAUGAAGGGUAGGAAAGGCGUGAUCUACAAAGUAGCAUGCAAAGCUAUUUGCUGUAAAGUGUAGUUUGGGGGGUGGUCACAGUAGGGCUAAGAAGAGAAUUAAAGGUGUCAAAGAGACGCCUGGGAUUGCGGGGAGCAUGAACUAAUGAGAGGAAAAGUAUGACUGUUUGGCGAGGGCAAGGGCUGCGCUGUAUGAACACAAUAAGAAUCUAUAACUGAGAAAGUCUGACUGGGUGCAAGACUAACCAAGGAGCGUUCAGCAUUACGGGAGCAACUUUGCAGGUAGCGUGUUGAUUUAGUAUGCCACGGUUGGGGGUGUGUCCUCCUCAAGGUGCAUGUUUGGAGCGGGGCUACAGUGUUCAAGGCAGGUGAGGGUAGUGUUAUUUGUGGAGAUGGCCAGUGAGGGACAGGAGAGGGAAGGGAUGGAUAGCAGUAGUGAAUCAAUAUCAGCUGACAGCUGCUGGAGCUCAAUAGAAUUAAGGUUCCUCCUGAGUUGAGGGGGGCUGGGCUGAGGUUGUUGGGUGAGGGGGUAAUUGAGAGCAAAUGAUAAGAGGUGGUGAUCAGAGACAGGAAACGGGGUGUUGCAGAUAUUAGAUACUGUACAUGCUUAUGAGAAAAUUAGGUCAAGAGUAUUACCAUCUACAUGGGUGGGAGAAUUAGCCCACUGCAAUUACUCGAGGGAGGAAGUAAUUGAAAGUUGUUUAGAGGCUGCUGAGGUAAAAGGUGGGUUAAUGGGAAUAUAGUCCCCAAGAAGUAGGGAUGGAAUAUUAGAAGAGGAAGUAGGUUAGCCAGGCAGCAAAGUGGUCAAGGAAGAGGAGAGGGAAAACAGGGGGACAAUAAAUAACGGCAAUGUUAGCAGAGAAGGGUUUGAAAAUGCGAACUGAAUGAAUUUCAAAUUAUGGAAAGGAGAGGGAAGGGGGUGGCAGAGAUUUAAAGGAGCAGUGGGGUGAAAGCAGAAAACUUACACCGCCACAUUUACUCUCAGCUUGUCUUGGGUUGUGGGUAAAGUGAGAUAGUGUGAGAUAAAUAGGUCUUGGAUUGAAGUUGAUUUGACGGUGCUGCACACAGAGCGUGCAUUCCAGAGGGCAGCUUUAAAGGAGGCAUUAUAGCGACAGUUACAUGGAAUGGAUAUUAGAUUGUUGUGGUUUCUGGUGUUAGUACCAGGUGGCUUAGUAGAGGAGGGACCAGGGUUUUAGAGACAUCAGCAGUAGGAUAAAAAAAAGGAGGAGAAGGUGGGAGUAAGAUUUAAAUGUUUGGGACGAGAGCUUGUAUUUAAGGGAUUUAGGAGGGGUUUGUGGAGAUAGGCUGGAUAAAGAUUGGUAAAGUGCAUGUGAUGAAUACAGAGAUGAGGGAAGCAGAGAGUGAGCAAUGAAGAUUGUGUCAAUAGGAACAGGUAAUUAAAAGGAUAGAGAGAUUUUAAUAAUGAGGAAAGUUUAAAAAUAGAAGUGAGAACAUUAGUAGGAGAAUAGGUGCAGUGUUUUUAAUAUGUGUUGAAUUGAAUUGUAGGUGAGGUUAGGAGGGUUAAGGGUUAAAAAGGUAUUGUGUGAGUUUAGUUAUUUUAGGUGUGGAGAGCUUGGUGGAUAUGAUCGGUUUGUCAGGAAAGCCAGGUAAUUUGAGCUAUCUAUAAAUGUAAUGAGUACCCUGCAGGAGGGGGGAGAAUUGAUCAUCCAGGAGUGCUAACUCUGCUUAGGGCAAAUCCUGCAGGGUUGGGUGCUGUGAGUCCUGGGUGUAGCUGUUUCAAUACUAUAUUGGGCCCAGGCUAUAAGAAAGAAUCUAGGGUUAGAUAAGGCAGAUUGUGGGUGGGGAAUCAUUGAGGUGUUAAAAACAAAAUCAAGGAAAAAGCAGAUGAAAGGGAAUUUAAAUUUAAGGAUAUGAGGGAAUUGCAGAGAUCAGAUAGGUAAAAGUCAUAAAUAGGGAACAUCAUAAAUUAAUGAGGCUUUGAGUGCAAGAACGAACACUAGUAAAACAAAUGUUUAACUAAACAAGAGUUAAGGAUGGAGGGUGCAAUAGUCAUCAAUUAAGCAGUAAUACUGUGGGGGAUGGAGAUAGAUAGGAAUACAAUUUAAAACAGAAAUAGGAAAAACAAGAAGUUCAGGUAUUCUCAAGAUGAUCAUCUAGAAAUGCUACCUCUGCUUAGGGCAAAUCCUGCAGUGUUGGGUGCUGUGAGUCCUGGGUGUAGCUGCUUCAAUGCUGUGUUGGGCCCAGGCAUAUUAAGCUUUUGUAAUUAAUCUGGCCAUUGACUUUAAGAUUCCUUGAAGAUUGCCCAUUUACCGGAAUGUCCAUUUUAAUAUUCUGAUAUUGGGGGGAAAUUCAGUAGUUCCUCUCCAAGCAAGCAGCACUUGUAACCCAAUUUUCCUGACUUUCAAUGCCCUGGUGUGAACAGGAUUGUUAGUGUAGCAUCAUGUGCUCCAAGACCCCACAAAAAAAAUGAGCCUGUAGACAAGGAUUCACAUGUGGCAUACCUGGUUGCUACAGCCUUUAAGCCUCAGGGUUCUGGCCAUAACAGCCCUGGAAAUGACAAUUGGGCUCCAUCGCUUGUCAUUGAGGAGGAAUCAAUGAUGGCUACCUCUUCUCUGUCUGAAGACACAGAAUAUGUACUGCGCCGCAUGGGAGACCUCAAGAAUUUCUUAUUGAAGGAACUGCUCUCGAGUUACGAGAAAUUAAAGGUUUACCCAACGUCCAUGACCACUUUAAAAAGCAGAAGUGAAAGGAAUCUGGCAACAGACUUAAUCUGAUUCUCUCCUUGCAGGCAGAGCCUGAAAGGGGAAGCUUGUGUCCCCUCUCCCUUCUUCACGGAUUGCAGCACUACCUGUACCCUCCACUGUAUUUAUUUUCAAAGUUCCCUCCCCUUCCUUUUUUGUACCCGUUGGGGUGUGGGGUAACUUAAAGAAUAAUAAUUCAAACCAAAGUUUAAAUGGUUGCAGUAACUCUUUAAAAAAAUAAAUAAGGGCCUUAGGCUAACAAAUUGCCUAUUUGAAAUGCGAAUGCCCACUACACAAUAGUAGAUCACUUUACAACCAUGCAGUCUCGCUUGCGAAGGUGGAAAAUGUACAGAAAGAUCUAUCCAACCAGUCCAUGCAGAAUAAUUUAGAGAGUACUGCCAGAAAUUGUGGGAAUCGGACACCUAAACUCUGUGCCCCUGUUGCCUUUGGCCCCAGGCAUACCAGACCAUAUCUGGGUUAUUGAUCGGGCACACAAGACCUUGUGAGGCUUGCAGGUGCAUAGAGGAGGAACCAUCAUAGUCUGGUUUCACUUUUUACAGACCAAAAAGCCUAUUAUCAAAAAAGCGACCGAGAGUAACAUCCAAUUUCCUGGAGAGGCAAUCUGUAUAAUUUGUGAAUCAUAAAACAAGUCUUCUUGGAUACUUGCCAAGAAAAGGCAUACUUGCUACUGGAUGGAUGGCAGUUUUCCUCACUUGGACCAGAGGGCAAAGAAGACUUACUGGGAUCCUAGUUUCAGUGUGGCGUUGAAUACCAGAAGCUGUUGGGUUAGUGCUGCCUUCUUUGUUGUUCUAUUAAAAUUUUCAUUUUUUUUCCCCUAAUGUUCUGCAUUAGCUUUUCUUUUCUUCUUUUUUUUUUUCUUUUGUCUUUGGCGCUCUCCUUUUCUUUCAAUUUAAGUUCUACUUUUUUUAGUCUCUUACUAUGUUAUCUCAGCUAUUUACUUUCUCAGUUUCUCUACCCUCCAUUCUCUUUUCCUUUGUGGCAACCAGAGCUGCUACAUAAAAAAGUAUGGGACUAUGGGGAGUACAGCAUGUUAUCGGUACCAGUUUCGUAAAUAUUUCUAUACUCCUAUUGGCUUAGGGCAUUAGUAUUUGUUCUGUCAAGAGUGACUUUACAUUGUUAUAACAGUGGGAUACUUUCCUCAAUGUUGCUGAAUUAGAGGUGGCAUUUUCUCCUAUUGUCCAUUGUUUUGCUAUGGACAAGAGGGAGUGGGAUUCUCCCCCAGGUUGUCUGUCAAAGAGUGAAACCAGGGUUCUGAACACCAAAAUGCUUGUAUGUACUUGGUCUUUGUUUCAUUGUUUCUGAUUUUCUUUUUAUACAUUGUUCUAUUUUAAUUCUCUGCUGGCUAAUGGACGUGAGUGGAUUUCAUAUGGGGACUUGUUUUGUGUGCCUGAGCAGUCCACCACAGUGGUUGCUUUGGUCAAUUUUUUUCCUUACUUUCACCACUCUUGCAUCUCAGACCCUUACAUUGGGGUCAAGUUUUGAGUAAUCUGUUAUCACUACUAGGAGCCUGUCCACAAGUAUGUUGUUGGGUUCAGUCUGGUGGUUCUGAAUCCAGUUUUCUAUUACUUGUUGGGGAACUUGUCUCUUGAGCAUGAUUGUAGCAUUGCACCCAAGAUGAUUGCUGCGAAUUUAAAGUGAAUUUAAAAAGUUAGGCAAAUAUAGCCAAUUUUGGAAAUAUUCGCUAAGUCAAUCCUGUUUUCUCUAUAUUGGCCUACAGUUUUAGUUCACUUUGAAUUCCUGACUUCAAGGGAUACUUUGUGCUAGGAAUACAUAGCUGUAUUCCUGGCACUGUAGCUCUCUUUGCCUCCCCCCUCCCUUGCGCAACAUCAACAAAGAGGCAAUUCUAUUAAGUAAAACCUGUCCGAGACUCUUGUGGUCACUUAUACCGAGACUCUUUGUGGUCCUACAGGAAGAAAUUUUCAAAAUUAUGAUGAGUUGUUACACUAUUCCCGGUAAAGCUACACAGAAAGGGGAAGGCACAAUAGGACCUACGUUGGUGUUCCUGUGGGCUGAAAGGGAUUUAUAUGAACAUGUGGUGGGAGUGUCAUAAAGUGUCUUCAUACUGGAACAAAGAUAGAUCUCUGCUAGCAGGGAUCUUCCACCAUCUGUUUGUUUUGGAUCCAUGGUUGUUUUUAUUGUCCCAACCUUUUAGAUGGGUUCCUCUCCCACCCCCAGAAAUUACUUAAACAUUUUACACUGGAGACCCAAAGAGCUCUGGUGGUGGGCUGGAUGGGUAACUGGAUCCCCACAAUGCAGGAGGUCCAAGCUAAGCUGGAGGACAACUGGUUAAUAGAUAGCCUUGGUUCAUAAUUCUAUGAGCAGGUACCACCAUUGGAAGAUUACAUUGCCUGACAAGUGGGUAUGGCUCAUGCCAUGGAUCUCCUGCAGAGGAAUCCCUUCUUACUUUUGUUUUUUAUUUCCUCUACAUUUUGUUUUGUUUUUUCUGACCUUUUAUAAUUUUUUCCUGAAAGUAAACUCAACAUAAAUGUCAAUUAAUAUUUUUGCUAGUUUGUAAUGAUAUAAAUUUCUUUAUUACUUGCACUGUCAACUAUGUAAUGGGAACAAUUCCUAUCUGAUUUUUCUACUUUUUGAUUGGGGGAAACACCUGCCCCUUUUUUUUUUAAUUACCUAUAACAUUUUUGGUUCUUUGCUUCUUAUAGCAAUAUAUUGUCCAAAUUGCAAUUUAUUGCUCAAAAUUGUGCCUACUUAUAAAUAUUUUAUUUUAAUAUUGUAAUAUUUUGAGCAUUAAUACAAUACAGUAAUCUAAGUCAGGACAUAUCAGAGGGAGCAAUCUCUGGGGGAGAGUUUUAUUUUGGAAACUCUUCUCCAAGCUUUAUUAACUCAAUUAUACAGUUGAAGCUGCAAUCCUAUUAGGUAGGGAUGUUGACUGAUAUAGAUUUAAAGAAUCGUGUGAAAGUUUCCCUGUUUCACCCGAGCCCUGGCAUUAAAUAAUGUCACAAAACAACUUACCUAGUUUGUUUAAAAAAAAUAAAUAAAAAAUAAAGCACCAUGACUACUUUAGUGUUUUUAAGUAGUCAUGGUGCCUGUAGUCAGUAUGUGCAGCAUUUCGUGAUGAAACUUUACAAACACACACAUACUGCUACUUACGCUGGGCACACACUACCAUGCAUGCUGCUAACCACACUGUUACAAAUACACACUGCUGCACACACACACACGAAAAUACACAUAGACAUUUACACACACUAAACACACAUUUAUGUGUUUGUGUAUAUGCAACAAUUUGUAGUUAAGAAGUCAAGUGUUUUUUUUUUUUGUUUUUGUUUUUUUGGGGGUUUUUUUGUGUGCGGUUUUUAAUUUCGUUGGUUUGAAGGGGGUUGAGGAUUACUUGAGAAUUCUGUGCCAAGAGACUCUUAUGAUGUAAAUCUGAUCCUGUUUGUCAAGUAAAGGGAAUUAAAAUAGUGCAAUUUCUAAAUGUAAUAACUGGUCACUUUCUUACAGCAGUUCAGUGGUUGAAGGAACAGAAGAUACAGACGAUCUUGAUAAAAGCGAGAUUGAAACCAUGGAUUUAAAAUUUAACAACUCCAGGAAAUAUAUUUCCAUCAGUAUACCUUCAAAAUCAGAAGCCAUGUCCCCACACAUCAAGUCUGUAGAUGAUAUCAAGGUUCUUGGGAUCAACCUCAGCAAAUUCCAAAAGCCUGUACAAUUUUUUAUUUGUGUUACAGGACUCUUUGUUUUUUACUUAAUUUAUGGAUACUUACAGGUAAUGCUAAUAACUGUCACAUGCAUUGUCACUGAUUUGUUUAAUAGACACUGCAAGUUGUAAUGUUUCAUGUCAUCAUGUUUACUUGUAACAAAAGCAAACCGUUUAAAAUUGAAUUAAUUUUGUUGCAUAACCUGCCUUCAACAUUUUCAAUAGAUCACUGAACAUUAUAUUUUGCAGUAAACUUUUUUCCAGCCCUCCCCCAGCGAUCCAACCUACAUAAUUUAAAUUGCAUCUGUCAUGAGCAAUAUGAAUUAUUACUGCUUUAAAGGGAAUGCAAUCUCACCUACACAUUGUGCUAGGAAAUGUGUAGAUGAAAAGUGACUCUGCUUUCCGAUAUUUUCACCUAAAAUUUGCUGCCGUGCAUUAGCAUAGCAGUAGAGACUGUUAACUUAGCCGUCCAGAUCAGCAAUGCAUUUUAAACUAACUUCUUUGGAUCUGGGUUUCGUUAUUGUGCUGCAGAUUUUCCUUCCAUGGCCAGAACACUUUGUAAAUUGUGUAUACAUUUAGUUAUGCAUCUAGGGCAUGCUGAUAUCUUUUUAGAUAUAUGCAAAUUUCUCUGCAAAGCAAAUUUAGAUAAUCUUGAUCAAAGGGAUGGUUUGAAAGUAGAAAACCACACACAGGAAAUAAGGUGAAUGUGCAAUUAUAGAGCUUUCUUCCCAGUAGAACAGACUAUCCCUUUUCAAUAUACAAGCCCACACGCUUUACAUGAUUAGUGUAUGAUCAUAUUCCCAAUAAAGAUAUACAUGUAUGCAGUUCAUGUUUGCAGCAUGUUCACUCACUUUUUAGUUAUCAAAGUUAGUAUUAUUUCAUUUCAACUUAAUUUUUUGUGAGCUAAUGAACUUCAGAAUGUUCUACAUGAAACAUAAUUGAAAUCACCCUAGGGUCAAUUCAGUUGACAAACAUCAUACGUAAAAUGUCUGUUGUGUGUAAAUGGAUUUUAUAUUAAAUAAUAAACUAAUGCAAGACAGGCAGUGUACAUACAAGUUACAAAAUGCAGAUCUAUAUGCUGUAUUAUAGUACAAUUAGAUGGUGCAUAACAUUCCCUCUAUAAAUGGUUUCGUCAUUAUCUCAUUUGAAUUGAAAUGCUACUGAUUUUUUUAGAAACUCUUUGAUUUAGGUUAUAUGUUUUUCAUCAGUUCUGUGAUAUUGUUAAAGGUGCUCUCCACGCACCAUAAGCACAACAGAUUACUGACUUGGAGGAGUCAAACCGAUUUUGAACAGUUUCAUUUCUUAACUGGGGCCUUGCAAGCGCCGCUUCCCACCUGCACUACCAAUACCGGAGAGCUGGAAAUUCCUAAUCAGGAACUUUGGUUAGCUGUCCUGUGCUAAGCCCUGCCUUGCAUGGUUUAGCUUAUUAACUGAUAUUGAUAAGGUAAUCUGCAGGGUUUAAAAUCGUUGGGGCUAGCUGAAAUUCCUGCCUAUCUCUACAUUGGUAGUGGAAGCAUGUGGAAGUGCCUUGGGGACCCCAGGUUGUGGUUAUGAUGCUUGGAGUGUACCUUUUUAAGAGUUGCAUAGAUCAAUGUAAUUAACCGCAGACAAACUGCACAAGUAACCUAUUUCAAAAUAGCUCAUAUGGCAAGUCUAACGAGCAACUUGGCAAUGUUUUUGUCUUGUAGGAGCUGAUAUUUUCUGUGGAGGGUUUUAAACCAUUUGGUUGGUACUUGACUUUAGUGCAAUUUGGAUUUUAUUCUGUAUUUGGACUAGUAGAAUUACAGCUGACGCAAGAUAAGCGCAGAAGGUAUGUUAAACAGGACAGCUUGUAAUAAUUAUUUUACUACAACCAAAUUAUUAAUACAUUUUAUAAACCUUAUUCUCAAAGGUUUUCUGUCUGUGUCCCAACAUGUGCUGUAAUUAUACAUUGUUAAUAAGUGUACAAUUGGAUAUGUGUGUGAUAAUUAUUUGUGAAAAAAGUGGUCAUCUUCUCACUUGUCAACUAUAUCUGCUCUUAUGUUGGAAAAAUAUAAUGUAUGAACACUCAACAUACAAGAAAUAUCUUAAAGGGAAACUCCAGUGCAGGUCCCCUCUCCCUCCCAUCUCCCAUCCCAGGUAGCUGAAGGGGUGAAAACCCCUUCAGGUCACUUACCUGAGAUCCCGCCGAUGUCCCUCGACGGUGGUUUCGGAUCGGCGUCGCUCCUCCCAAUCGUCGCCGGCUGAGGAAACCAAAUGCGCGUGCGCAAUAAUGCUGCGUAGGGAUCGACCGAUUAUCGGUCUGGCCGAUAUUAUCGGCCGAUAUUUGGUAUUUUCGGCAAUAUCGGUAUCGGCCAAUUCAGAUACCGAUAUUGCCGAUAAUAUAUAACAGGACCGCCGGGCCCAUUACAAGCCCGGCGGUCCUGUGGGGGCCAGCAGCAAACGCUGGCUUACCUUGCAUGCAGCUCCUACAGCUCUCUGUGUAAAUCUCGCGAGACCCGCGGCCGCAGAGCGUUGCCACGGGUUACCAUGGCAACGCUCCGCGCGGCACUAAGAGCUGCGAGAUUUACAUAGGGAGCUGCUUGCAAGGUAAGUCAGCGCUUGCUGCUGCUGAGCCACCACUGUACUUAACAAGCCACUGGACCACCAGGGGAUACUAUAUCCCCCUCCCUGGUAAGAAGCAGGGAGGGGGGACUAAACAAAAAAUAAAAAAAACAUUUCAAUAUUAAAAAAAAUAUUAAAAUAAAAAAUUACACAAAUUACAUCACUACACACACACACACACAUACUGCAUUACAUACACACUACACAAACACACACUACACAAACACACACUGGGGGGGGACUAAACAAAAAAAAACAUUUAAAUAUUAAAAAAAAUAUUAAAAUAAAAAAUUACACAAAUUACAUCACUACACAAACACACACUGCACACAUACUGCAUUACAUACACACACUGCAUUACAUACACACUACACAGACACACACACUGCAUUACAUACACACACUACACAGACAGACACUACACACACACCACAAACACACACUGCACACAUACUGCAUUACAGACACACACUGCACACACACUGCACAUUACAUUCACACACUGCAUUACAUACACACUACACAAACACAGUACACAUACUGCAUUACAUACACACACACUACACAGGCACACACACUGCAUUACAUACACACUACACAAACACACACUACACAAACACACACUGCACACAUACUGCAUUACAGACACACACUGCACACACUACACUGCACACACACUGCAUUACAUACACACUGCAUUACAUACACACUACACAAACACAGUACACAUACUGCAUUACAUACACACUACACAGACACACACACUGCAUUACAUACACACUACACAGACACACACUACACAAACACACACUGCAUUACAUACAUACACACUACACAAACACACACACUGCAUUACAUACACACACAAAAACACACUGCAUUAUACACACACACUACAUAAACACACUGCAUUAUAUACACACACUACAUAAACACACUGCAUUAUAUACACACACUACAUAAACACACUGCAUUAUAUACACACUACACACACUGCAUUAUAUACACACACACUACACAAACACACACAGUUCCCCUGUCUAAACACACUUCAUCCACUACAUGUGGCAUGUAUAUUUUGUGCAUUUACCUUUCGAAUUAGUUUAUUUAUUCAAAAUAGUAAAUGUACAGAAUAUCGGCAAGAUAUCGGCUAUCGGCCUGAAAGUUCGCAGAUUAUCGGUAUCGGUAUCGGCUCUAAAAAAUCAAUAUCGGUCGAUCCCUAAUGCUGCGCACACGCGCAUUAGGUCUCCCCAUAGGAAAGCAUUGAAAAUGAUUUUCAAUGCUUUCCUAUGGGGAAUUGAGUGACGCUGGAGGUCCUCAAACAGCGUGAGGACGUCCAGCGACGAUCUAGCAAAGAAAAUCUUUGCUAUGAUGCAGGAAGUGCCCUCUAGUGGCUGUCUAGUAGAAAGCCACUAGAGGAGGAGUUAACCCUGCAAGGUAAUUAUUGCAGUUUAUAAAAAAACUGCAAUAAUUACAGUUGCCGGGUUAAGAGUAGUGGGAGUUGGCACCCAUACCACUCCAAUGGGCAGAAGUGGUCUGGGCGCCUGGAGUGUCCCUUUAAGGAGAAUUUUAUUACACCACUGUGAACCCAGCAACUUUUAGGUCCUAUUAGGACCUUUGUCAAGUCUAGGCUAAUAUAGUAGAAAAUAGAACUUGCUAGGUUGUUUAAUUCAUGUUUUUACAAUGAUGAAAGUACUUAUGUCUGUUUUGCAUGCCUUUUCAUAGUUAACACAAACCUGUUAAGAUAGCGCUAGGCACACUUUUAUAUCCUGUACAACUGUACAGAAUCAAUAAAUGUGUAAGUAUUUCAGAUUUGAAAAGAUUGUACAAACAAUCGAACGGAUUGCAAAGAAAAAUGUAUAAUGUUUAUGUAUUGUGUUGGUGCUUCUGACACCCCUUUAAAAAAAAAUAAAAAAAUAAAGACCUUUGCCAUGACAACAAAAUAGUGUAUUCAAAGUGAGAAUUGUGAGUGCAUCAAGAAUAUUGUUCAUUACCAUUAUAAUACAACAAUAAAAUUAUAUGGGGAGGGGGGGAAUUGGAUAUAUAUACGUUUAAAGUAAUUAUAAAGUGGACAUAUUAAUACGAACAUGUGAUCUAAAAAUGAUAAAGGAGGUUGUUUGUUUUUUUGGGGGGGGGGUUUAAUUUUUUUUUAGCUGUGGGUGGGUUAAAUAGAGAUCUUUAGGCAUCCAUGUUCCCAGAUUUCUCAAAAUUGAUUGGAAUCACUACCAAAGACCAGCCACCAUUUGCAGCUGCUGUCAUUAAGUCUGCACCGUCCUGUUACUGCUAUGCUUGGCUUCUAAGAGGAGUGGGACCGAAUUCAUGAUGGCAGGUGCAAACAAUGGCUAACUUCCCUUGAAUAUCUCUACAAACCGUUUGAGGCAGCCAGGAACAUAUAUAUUCUAUGACUCCUUACACUGGCUUCCUCUUUCCUACAGGAGUCAAUUCAAAAUACUAGCCCUUACCAAUAAAGCUCUAAACUCUAGCCCCUGUUACAUUUCUUCACUGAUUUUAUAAGUAUACCCCUUCUUGGUCUCUAUGCUCUGCCGGUGACCACCUCCUGUCUACUGCUCACACCCUCACUGCUAACUCACGCUUGCAGGACUUUUCAUGGACAGCUCCUUUCCUUUGAAACAGCCUGCCUACCCCCAACAGACUCUCCCCUAGUCUUCAAUCAUUUUUGAAGUCCCUCAAAACCCAUCUCUCCAGAAAAGCUUAUGACCGCCCAGAGUAACUUCUGUGUCAUAAAUCUGUCCCUGGCUCUCUCUCCUAAAGGGUCACUCUCUGGUUCUGAUGCUUUUUCACCUUGUUUGUUGGCUGUCCCCUUUGAUGUCCUUCAAUUGUGUCUUCAUACUCCACUCCUCUAGACUGUAAGCUUGUUUGAGCUGGGUCCUCCUCUACCUGUUGUUCUUGUAACAUUUUAUAAUUGUCUCAUUUACAUACAUUUUCCCCCUUUCAUAAAAUUGUAAAGUGCUUUGGAAUAAAUACCAAUAAUAAUGUAUCUGCAUGACCAAUACAAGUAAAUGAGUGUGGAUAAGUAUUUCUUGACACAGAAGCUUGAAUGGCAGGGAACAAUCGCUGUAAUUUCUGCUUUUUUUUAUAACAUACUAAUGUAUUAACUUCUGUAAGGUAUUCUAAAAGAUGCAUAGUUGUGAACUAUGUAGUAAAGGAUAAUUGAGAGAUACUGGACUUAAAUGCGAAUCUUAUAGUUAUAGAAAAUAAAGUUGAAAAUAAUAAAGCACACGGGAGUUAAUCAGAGUUACUCCAAGAACAAUGAUCCCUGCACUGUUUUUAGUGUCUAUUUGCAGCUUUUCACUAAGAAACACUGCACCUACAGCGAUAUAUCCCAGUUCUGCCACAGGUGUAACUCCACUGAAAAACCGUGCCAUUCAGUCAACCUUGAGCGAGAAUUCAGGGCUGGCUAUUGUUAAUUUUGUGCAUAUUGAGUAUCUGACAUUGGCACGGAUAGCAUGAUGGUGGUAUGGUCACCCUCUUAGCGUCCCAGGUCAUCCCAUCAGCCUGUCCUCACUGCCGGUGAAGGUAUGUUACAAGAGGAAGAUAGUGUUGCAGAGUUGUCUAGGAUUUGCAGGUAGUUUCUGUUUGCUUUAUUUUUGCUUUGUUUUUUUUUUUACUUUUGGCAGCAGGAGGGUUGGGCUGGCAUGCCAUUAAUGGCUAAAACAAUGUUUCAUUAAAACACGGUUUGUUUUAAGUAACCUUUUAAUGCUGCAGAAAUGGCUGCACAAAUUGUCUGUAGAAUGCAGAAAAUCAGGUUUGUUGCUGUUUUUAUUCUUGUUCUGUACCAGACCUAUCCAGUUAAUUAUCAUAGGGAGUGAGCAGUAUAUUACCCCGCUACAGCUUCUUGAAAGGAAUACGUUAAGGUUAUUUCAGAUUGUUUUGCAAAUAAGAAAGGAAAAUAUAAACCACUGUGAAGAUCUCCCUUGCAGGCUCCACUAUUUUUCAUGUUGUCACUGUGUGAAUGUUGGGCCAAUACAAAAUCCUGCAAGACUACGGGAUCCUUUAUAGCUCUUCUUAUGAGGUGUCUUUUGUCACAUUUUAGCUAACUUUGGCCCUUAGAAAAUAACAUGGUACUCUAUUUGUUUUAUAUCCAAUGAUCGUGUCAUAAUACAUUCCAAUGUAGUCAGUAUGAGUAUUUCGGCUGAUACCAGCUAUACUGCUGCCCUAUUCACUGUUUUCACACUAUCCCAUUAUUCCAGCAGACAAACCAUUCAUUUGUAUUUACAGGAGAGGAAACGAAAAGGCAAAGCUACUGAAUGGGUUUAUUUGUUAUCGAUGCAAGGGAUUUUGAAAAUCUGGUCAGAGGAGAUACCGCAGUAUAUUAUGGGUUUAGAUUCUGACACACUCCCAUCUUUUGUGCCAGAACACAAGAAAAAGCAUUCUCUUAAGCUAAAAUAGUUGUGUUUUGAAUGUUAUUUAGUGUUCUUAUGUCUGUAUGUAUAUAUUAUGUUUUACAUAUAAAAGGCAGUCAAUGUUUUCUCGAACGGCCUAAAGAAAAUGUUUGCUGUUAGCCUACCUAAUUUACUGUUCCAUAAUAGUGUGUUUCUAUGUUAGAUCUAAUAUGUUUAAUUGUGAAAAUAAUACCAAAUCUAGCACUGAAAAUUAAAUCUAGUAAUAUUUAAUUUCUUAAGCAUUGUGUUUCUAAUGAGAUCCUUACAACGAUGCACAGAAAACCUAAUGUAAUCACACUCCUUAAUUUACUGUAACAUGCAGCCUGGAUCAUGUUCAUUCUAUCCUAAUAAAAAGGUGUGGACAAAAUACAUAUUAUAUUUCUGUUUUUCAGGAUACCUGCAAAAACCUACAUGAUCAUAGCUUUCCUCACUGUGGGGACAAUGGGUUUGUCAAACACUUCCCUAGGAUAUUUGAAUUAUCCUACUCAGGUUAUUUUCAAAUGCUGUAAAUUGAUCCCUGUCAUGAUUGGAGGAGUGUUUAUUCAAGGUAUUUACCCUUAUUACUUGUGCUGUAUAUUGCUUGUUUAAGCUGUCACAUUUCAGUAUUUCAUUAAGGUAGAAUGUUGAAUGCAGUGGACUUUCAUUGAAAUUCCAAAGCAAUCAAACAAUAUUAUAAGGUAAACUUUUUGGGGCUUUUUUGUCUUAUGGGGACAGUCCAGGCUGACAAAAUGAAGAGCUUCCACUAUCAACUCUUGUCAAUACCCACCUCCAUCUGUAGCAAAACAAUGGGAAACUGAAAUUUUUUCAUACAUCUAGAGUGUCUGUCUGUGGACGGAUGCAUGUUCAUGCAUAGACCUCUCUCGUGCAUGCUUGAGAUUACAGGAAUGGAUAGGCAUUAAAUCCACUAGCUGUCCGUUCCAGACACGAAGUAAUGGUAAAUAGAGAAGUUAUAGUACCAAUUCAACCUCAUUAUUAUGAGCCAUUAAAAAUAAAUUAACAGCAACCGUUUUGAACCAUGGGUCCAAGUUUAGUGAUUUUCAAGUGUUCCUGGACAGGUAGUGUAGAGGACUAGUUUGGGUGCCAGUGCUUUGUUCGAUAUUGUAAAAUUUUGUGAGGGCUCCCAUUUUCCUUUCACAGCUGAUCAUUCCUCAAAAGAACGCCAAGAGUCCAGUUUCCAUCCAUUUUAGGCUCAUUGGUAUAGGUUACUGUUCAGUUGCCCCACUUUCUGUCCUAAAAAAGCCCAACAUCUUAAUAAAAUGGGGGUUAUUUUUAGCCCUUUAUUAUGACAGUCCUGGCAAAUGAAUUGUCAUGAAGGAAUUAAAAACUAAAAAGACUGUUGGAGCUUCUCAUGCCUCACAAUGUCAAGCAUGAGGCAGAAGUCAAAUAUUAAUGUUAAUUUGUACUUUUGUCUGUAGUUUAUCCUGUAAGUUGGUGAAUGCAACGAGAGGUGGAGCUGUUCCUGGCAGUGUUAAGUGGAACCUCUAAGCAUCAUAACCACUACAGGUAAUGUGGUUAUGGUGCAGUUGGUUGCAUUUUUGUCAAGCCAUUUUCAAUCAAUUUGUCAAAAAUAUAGGGUAUUUGCCUGUAGGCUGAGCCCAUGUCUUUAAUUCCUGCAUAGGUGAGUGCAAAGGGUGUGUCAGGUGUGCCAGCCCUAAUGCAUGGGUUGACAAAGAGAUCAAAUAAUCUCCCUGACUGCCCCUAGACGACUUCAUUGCAAAUGAGGCUUUGACAGAGAGCAGUCAAAUGUUAUAUCCCCAACCCCUCCUUAUGGUGUUUGUCUUUCCAAACUGUCUGAAGGUAUGGGAAGAAUUGACACAAAGAGAAUGCGAAAGAAAAUAAAGAGGGGCAGAAAAUGUGAAAAGAAUAACUAAUGGGGGUGAAGGGGUGGAGUAUUUUUCUGUCUCUCUUUAUGAUUUUAAGACUCAUUAGAAGUUGCAUUUUCAGUUUAAAUAGUGGAAAUCACUUCAAUGUGUUGAGCUAUUUAAUAUUGCUUUUGUUUGAUUUGUGGUUGCAAACUUGCAAGCAGCUGACAGUCUCAAGCAUUUUUGACAAUAAACAUGAUUUUCAAUGGGGGUUGAAUGAUUUUGAUUACAACUGUGUGUGUGUGUGUGUGUGUGUGUGUGUGUAUAUGUAUGUAUGUAUAUAUAUAUAUAUAUGUAUAUGUGUGUAUAUAUAUAUGUAUGUGUAUAUGUAUGUGUGUGUAUAUAUAUAUAUAUAUAUAUAUAUAUAUAUAUAUAUAUAUAUAUAUAUAUAUAUAUAUAUAUAUAUAUAUAUAUAUAUAUAUAUAUAUGAGAGAUAUAGAUAGAUAAUAUUUCAGUAGGUGGGGGAAAAUAGAGAAGGACAUGAGGGGUAUGAAAAGAGACAUCACUGGACGAACGAGACACUGGUAAAAUAAGCAGGGGCAGAUGGGAAGACAUUCAUGUGUAUAGAAUAAUGGGACAUUAUGAUGACAUGACUGUGUUAUUACUGUGGAACUCUGGUAUGCAUUUGUACACCGUGAAUACUACAUUAAUGAGCCCCAAAGUAUCAAAGAAGUUCUGAAUUGUAGCAAAUUUAAAUCUGAAUUUUAAAAUUAAGGCUAUAGCGAAAUUGGAAAAUUCUCCAAUUGAGCUUUUUCUUAUAUUGGCAAUUUUCUAAAAUUUGGAGUCAGUGAAUUACCCUGGUAGUAAUGUGCAUUAUAGAUAAGUAAAUAUAAUUUUAAAAAUUAUGUGCCGUUUGCCAUCACUUGACUCCAGUUGAGAGAAAUAGUACACAUUAUUAUUUCUCUAAAUGGGAACUGGCGACAGCCUGAAAGGAAGAAGGGGGUGGGGAAAGGUAGGCAACAGUGUUGGGUGCCAGUUCCCCAAGUGUUUGGUUCAGCAUUUUAAAGGAACAUUAUAGUCACCUAAAUUACUUUAGCUAAAUAAAGCAGUUUUAGUGUAUAGAUCAUUCCCCUGCAAUUUCACUGCUCAAUUCACUGUCAUUUAGGAGUUAAAUCCCUUUGUUUCUGUUUAUGCAGCACUAGCCACACCUCCCCUGGCUAUGAUUGACAGAGCCUGCACAAAAAAAAAACCUGGUUUCACUUUCAAACAGAUGUAAUUUACCUUACAUAAUUGUAUCUCAAUCUCUAAAUUGAACGUUAAUCACAUACAGGAGGCUCUUGCAGGGUCUAGCAAGCUAUUAACAUAGCAGUAGAUAAGAAAAUCGUAAUUAAACAGAACUUGCAAUAAAGAAAGCCUAAAUAGGGCUCUCUUUGCAGGAAAUGUUUAUGGAAGGCUGUGCAAGUCACAUGCAUGGAGGUGUGACUAGGGUUCAUAAACAAAGGGAUUUAACUCCUAAAUGGCAGAGGAUUGAGCAGUGAGGCUGCAGGGGCAUGUUCUAUACACCAAAACUGCUUAAUUCAGCUAAAGUUGUUCAGGUGAUUAGUGUCCCUUUAAGACGAUGCCUAGACAUAGCUACCUCCCUAACAACUUAAAUGAGAAUUAACUUAAGUUGAUAUCAAGGUGGAGUGUCACUUUAAGUAUUAAAAACGUUUUUAUCUUUUUAUGUAAAAUGAAAAAUAACUUUGAGAAAGAAUUGUUGCACAUCCGGAUUACUUUUUUGGUGAGAUAUAAGAUAAUCUAAAAUAAAGCAUGCUCAUAAAGCAAAGUAUUUCACCGUGAGCUUUUAUUGCUAACAAGGGGCCUGGUCUGUCUUCUAAAUGGCUAUUUGACAUGCACUCAGUUCUACAUUUUAACUAUAUUUUGACUGUAUGCUUACUAUAAUUUUAAAAAACAAAAAACAAAUGCAAGAUGCUCAAAGCUAAAAAUGUGAAAAAAAUGAACUACUCUUUGGGACCAGUGGGAAAAUGUAGUCAAGAAAAAAAGAUGUCACGAUUCUGGCUUACUUUAUUCUUUCAUGUUUCUUUUUUUUUUUUUCUCUAUAUGUUAAGACUGAACUACGACUGGAUGUUUACUCUAGAGCAUAUAUCUAAUUUUCGGAUCACCUAAGUAAAUUUUUAAAGGUUAUAACUCCCGCUCAGCUCCCCUGACCCUCCUCUUUUAACCUUCCCCCCUCCACCUCCCUUUCUCAUUUUUUUCCACUUCAAAAAGAUUGUUAGCUAUACACGAAAAAAAAAUCUAAUGAAGCAAUUGUAUUGUUACUAUAAACUAUUUUUUUGUUUUAUUUUUACUCUUUUUGUAUAUUUGAUGUAUGUAUCUUUAUAUACAAUUUGUUUUAUAUGUAUGCAUUAUAAAAGUAUUGCAUAUAUGUAUGUUAAAAUAUAAAACCUUUAAUAAAAAAUAUUUAAAAAGGGGGGAAAAAGUGAAAAUGCUUUCGAAAUGGCAAACUCUUAGUUACACAGUAACCAUUUAAUACUUAAUGCUAUGGUUUUAUGUCACUAAAGAAUGUAUGAAACAAACAAACAAAUUAAAAGAACAUCCAUUUGAUGACUAGGACGGAAUUGCAACUUUGUCUUUUUUUUUGUUAAUAUAUAACUCAAAACGUUCUUGCAGUACACAUUUUAAAUAUCACUAUAGGGUCAGGAACACAAACAUGUAUUCCAGAUCCUAUUGUGUUUAACCCACCAUUUAGGUGGCUUGCCCCCCUAUAAAAGUUUAAAACUCACCUUAUUUCUAGCUCUGCGCGGGUCUGCCGGCACUGCCUCCGCCCCCUUUGUGACAAUUAAAAUGGCAGAUUUUUAGCCAAUCCAAUGCUUUCCCUUAUUUGGUAAAAUCGGCACGGGGCGGGAUUAAAUCUCUAUGAGGAAAAUUCAGCGUCUCUAUGCAGAGCGUUUGGAUGCUGAACGGCAGGGCUGCUUACUGUGCAGCCCUGAGCCAGGAAGCCACUCCAGUGGCCAUCUAAGGAGUGGCCACUUGGAGGUGUCCCUAGGGGCAAUGUAAACACUGCCUUUUCUCUGAAAAGGCAGUGUUUACAUGAAAAUGCCUGAAGGGAACUAUUAUACUCACCAGAACAACUACAUUACGCUGUAGUUGUUCUGGUGACUAUAGUGUUCCUUUAACUCUUUUGAAUCAGUAGAACAAAUGGUAAUAUUAUGACUAUAAGCUUAGCCAUUUUUAUUAAUGCUAAACCAAUGUAUAUAUGUCUUUUUAUACAGGAAAACGAUACAAUGCAGCUGAUGUGGCUGCAGCAGUCUGCAUGAGCGCUGGACUUAUAUGGUUUACAUUAGCGGAUAGCACAGUUGCACCAAACUUCAAUGUAACUGGUAAGUCUGUGGUGGUGGUUUUUUUUAUUAUUUAUUUAUUUUUUAAUGUAAAAUCAGUAUUCAUUGAAACUUGCCUUGAUGACUAAUCCAAAAACACUAUCUGUGUGUUGACCUAACCGCUAACAUAUGUCUGCAGAAACAUAUACAUAUGCUAUAUUAUAUUUUAUGUGAUUUGCUUGAUUUCUAACAUCAGCCACUAUGAAUAACUCCACUUUAAGCACCAUAACCACCACAGUCCACUAUAGUCGUUGUGGAUCCAGGAGUGCCCUGGCAUUCUCCCAAAAGUAAAUAGUCAAACAGUUUUAGAAUAAUUUGACUACUUAUUUAGGUCCAGGGCCUCACUCCUGGACAUAGAGCGCUGCCUUGUAUUGGGCUGUGCAUAGGAAUGAAGAGACAUCCUGGGGACCCAGGUAAGUUGCUUCUUACUCUGGGUGGUUAUGAUUUGUGGAGUAUUUCGUUAAGUAUACUCGUCAGGCAAAAAUGGAUUGAAACCACUUACUAGAAAACUGCAGUUUAUUUCAGUAUUGAGUUAUAGACUUUCUCUGAACUAUAAAUCCACUUGAAAAGAACAAUCAAGCCUAUGCUAUUAUUGAAGUUAAUCUUAAUUAAAGAUAUUUACAGUAUUCUGCACUACAAUGCUUCAAUACUUACUGUGCUACUUCAUCUGACAUCACUGGAUCAGAAAAAGAACAGGCUGUGAAAUGAGAAGAGUACCAUUGCAUGCAAAUGCACAGACUGCUGAUAUGAACAUGCACCCAUGCCAAGGGUAGGCAACCUAUGGCAUGUAAGCCUGCGAUCCAAAUGGACCAGCUGGUGUGAUUAGAAGAUUUUUCAAGCAGCAGAAUGUCCCAGCCCCACAGGUGCAGGCAUCAUUGGGAGCUCUUCCUCGCAAGCCGACACUUCCCUGUGAUUCAGGUACAAAAGUUACUUUGGCAAUGCUCCGACUUAUUAAAAAAGUGCCAGAUCCAAGUGAGAGCCAUAAAGGGUCAGCACCCACAUAGGGUGUAGAACAGCAGUUCCACCACCCGGGAUUAAAGGGGGGGAAUAGGCAUGCAGGCCACUUCAUCUCAUAGAAGUGGUCUGGGUGCAGUGUCCCUGUCAUUUUAGAAAACAAACAGAAGUGUAGAGAUUUUGAUACUCAAAAGUGACACUUCCAAAGUGGAAAAACAAAACUAAACUAAAAUACAACAUUGAUGAAAGGAAGAUAUAAUAACCAAGGAUAUCUUUAAAAAAAAAAAAAAAGCCAAAAACACACAACACCUGAUCUCAUCCAUGCUACAAGCUCCUGAAUCGACUUUUGCAAUCGACCACUUUUCAUGCAUAGAUUCUGGUCUCUCAUCAUUAAGUCCAUAAUGAAUGCUACAGCCAUACUCCUCUUCCUGUCCCCUCUCAUGGAGAACACAGGGCUUGUGCGCUUCAAUUGCUUUUUAUAAGCAAGCAUAAGCUUCUGUUUUGUCCCAGCAAAAGCAAGCAGGAGGAGCACCCUUCCAUCUUCCUGACUGAUGGCUUGGAGAAUGCAAUCAUUUCAGUUUAUGAUUUCUUUUGCAAUCAGCACUUUUAUACCGUGAACUCUGUUAACCUCUAAAGCACUUCAGACCAAUAAAGCACAUCAGCUUGCUGCAAUGUCAAUUUAGUUCAGCAGUAUAUCCAUGAACAUCUUCCUGGAUUUCACUUAUAUUAGAUUUCAGAUGUCCAACCGUCAGAAUAGCUUAUUAUGUAUUUCUAAUGCCUUCCAAAAAGUUUUACACUUCUGUUGCUGUAAGAUUUUGAAGGUUUUUUUUUUUUCUACAAUUUAUUUUUCUCUUGUUACAGCUGCAUGGCUAUAUUGGCUUGGUUAUUUUAUUUUUUGUCAAUCAGGUUUUUUUUAUUGACAUUGUUGCAAAUGACAUAUGAUAUAUAAAACCAGCACAGGGUACAUUUAACAGGCAAAUAGGCAACAACAGGUGGUACAGACCUUGCUGGUAGAGGUAAACAUCUCUUAUAAUUAAGUGUAGUAGACCGUUGCAUAAGUACAUUACUAAAUAAAAAAUAGGGAAAAUUAAUUAUAGGUUAAUGAAUAAGCUAGUGCAGAUUCACAGCAUAUAAAUACAGAUUAGUUCUGUCGGCUCACUCAAUAUAAGGCAGAUAAUCUCAAUAAUGGGUCCCAGUGUAGGCAUACAUGACUGGAGAAAACUAAAGCUAAAUAUUUAACUGUAAGGCACAUACACUUAUCGAACUGAAGCAAGAUUCCGCCACAAGCUAGUCGAACCGGCCCAGCACAAGAACUUUUUGGGGGAAUGCAAGUCCCAGGAGCAGUCCAUCACCCUAUUCCAACCCUUAGGGCUUGAUGUAAUAGCUCAAAGUGUGGGUCGCUCAGAAGUCUCAGCUGGGUACCGCUUUGCUGUGUGUCAGCUGCCAUGAUCCGAUCUCUAUCACUCUGGUCCCAGGUGGAGAUGCGAGGCCAUGAGUGGCCAGCAGGGGUAGCAACUCGGAUCUGCUUUCUGUUCCUGGCGUUUUGGUGACCACACUGGACUGACGGAGACCCACUUAUUUUACACCAGUUGCUUAUUAUUUAUUUUUAUUUUUUAGCACACACUGUUUCUCUAUGCUUCGAAACAUAGGACAAGAAACACAAUAAACAAAGGUCAAAUAGGAAUAAGUCUGCUUGAGCACUUAUUAAAAUCAGGGGUGCCUAUAUGCUACCGUUCCUCCAAAACGAAUUACAGCCCCCAAAGUAUAAAGGUAAAUGGGACUAGUACUCCUUAAAGUGAUUGUGAUACAGCAUGCAUUUGCUGGUACUUAAUCUGCAACAUUUUGACCUAAAUUUUGUUAAACUUUUUGUUAUGUAAGUCACUUUAAGGAGUGCUGCUUCCGUUCCUCUUUCUAUUUUUACAAUAAUUAAAGAGACAAGUGAUAAAAAAACAGCACACUAGUUUAUUACCUCAUAUUAUUCUUUGCAAGAGGCAAAGUUUUUGGUAACAUAUGUUAAAUGAAUAUUGACACUAGCAUAUGCAUGGCUAAAUGCAUAAACCAGCAGAAAGUCUUGAAGGCAUUGGUGCUUUCAGAAAACAUACCACUUUCUCUAUUUUAUAUUAACUUUCAAAUGAAAAAUUCUUAAGGAUUCGGUAGCCUAAGGGAAGCAGUUUGGAUGCUAGUUACUAAAUGCCAAAUUGACUUCACUUGACUUUUACUCAUAAAUUUUUCGGAAACAUUGAUACAUAAACUAGUCUGAUUCUAGCUGAAGCUCUGUUUACAUAAUUUAAUCGGAUUCCUUUGAACAUUAUGAGGGACAAAUCUAUUCAGAUGACAUUUUUUUGCCUAAAGGAAAUAGAACUGUUCUGCGAAUAUAAACAAUGCUUGCUCUUGUAUGCUAUCUCCUGCAAAUAUUAUCAUCAUAGAGUCCCAGUCAUUUUAGGGCUUGGAUUCUAUUAGCGCUUUUUCUUAUAUGAGCCUGUAUUCAUUAUUAACCCAUUAAGUGAUGACUUGUACCUGUAAUUAUUAACCUUUUUAAUUCUAGAUGGGGGCUUAAAUCAUUGCUAAUGCAAUUUACAACCCCAUGUAUCUCCUAUAAAGUACAUUGUUUUGGAAAGAAGUUGCAGGUGCCAUAGAAAUUGCAAUCUUCUGUCUACUAGGUGACAUUCAGCGUGAUCAACCUAAAAGUGACUUAAAGGGACACUCUGGUCACUAUAACAACUUCAUCUAAGUGAAGUUUUUAUGGGGCCUGGAGAUCCCUGGGCUCACUCUCAAAUGCUUUAACACAAAAGUUUGCCUCCAGUGCUGAACCCCCAGGCUGUAUCCGGCUUCUGGAUAUCCGUUACGGGAAGUGUGGAGUGCUGCCGGGCAGGCGCACAACUAAUUGGCUUAGUGCAGUAAUUUUAUACUCUAAGCCAGGGAUUCCCAACCCAGUCUUCAAGUACUCCCCCAUCCCCUCCCCCAGUCCAGGAUUUAGAUAUUACCCUGUUGUGUCUAAAGUGUUUUUAGUUUUUUUCUAAAAACACCUUAAACUCAACUGAUCCCUAAAUCUUGGACUUUUAGGGGGUGUACUUGAGGUGUGUGUUGGGAACCACUGCUCUAAGCCAAUCAGUUCCCCAUUGAUAAAACAAGUUACAAAUACUAGUCUUUUAGUCCACCCAUUGUACAGUGCUAUGGAACUUGUUGGUGCUUUAUAAAUAAACAUUUUUAACAAUGGGGAGGUACUGAUCGUUUAGAGCAUCUGUUAUCUGCUCUAAGCCAAUCACUGGCACCCCUGCCCUGCAGCACUCUGCACUUUUUCUGUAACUGAGAUCUGGAUGCCAAAUAGGGAAUCUGCAGAUUGGCUCUGGAGGGGAACUAUGGGAUUAAACCGUUCCAGCACUGCUUGACUUCUUAAGGUAUUUCAUUUAGACAAAGUUGUUGGUGUGACUGGAGUGUCCCUUUAAGAACUCCCAAACCGGCUCAAAAAUGUCUUAAGUGCCGUUUUUAAAACGUUGGAUCAUGUGCCCGAGUAGCUAUUAUGCCAUCAUAAUGACAGCCAUGAUCCCCUGAUAACACCAAGUGCAUACGUAACAAAUUUAUGUGGAAGACUCGAAGUGGGUUCGCUUCCAGUUACCGCCAAAAUGAAAUUCUCCUCUUUCAAAUAAGAUUUCCUGGGUAUGGGAGGGCUGGCACAUUUUGGCCUGGGGGUAAGUAAAAAUGAAUUGCCUCAUUUUGCACAUGAACAUCCCAGAUCCCAGAUGCAUUAAAGUACUCAGAUUGAACUGUCAAGGCCUAUAGAAAGUUGCAGGUUACCAGCCCACAGUGCUGGGCUAGCAAAGGCCCCUAAAAUUCUUGCUUGCUGCCUCACUCGUACAGUACUCUGCCAACCGGAAUUCCAAAACCUGUCCAUUUACUUUGAAUCAGAAGAAAGUCUGUGGUCCACAAUUAAUGUGUGCUAGUGCUUAUUACAGUAAGGCAGUUUAAACAUGAAUGUUAUUUUGAUUUAGAUCACACACUGGUUAUCAGUAGCACAUUGUCUGUUAACUGGGGUAAGUGGAAUUUAUUUGAAAUUGUGUAGGUUGUUGCAUUGGCCCAGGAAUUUUUCAUUGUAGACCAGAAUAUCUAUAUUGGAAAAAUGAUCUGCUCAAGUCCCUGUUUGGUGACUAACCUGUCUUGUCUACCAUCUAACAUAACAUCCCAGGGGAAAAAAAAAAUAUUGGUGAAAAAAGAUACAUCUUCAAUAUGAAAUCUAAUGGCAUUAUUAAAGGCUCCAUUUGUAGAAGUAUAAAUGUGUGUUGUGAUAUCUAGAUUUUCCUUCUUUUUUUUUUUAAGGUGUGAUGCUUAUCUCAAUGGCACUGUGUGCUGAUGCUGUCAUAGGAAAUGUUCAAGAAAAGGCCAUGAAGUUACACAAUGGAUCAAAUUCAGAAAUGGUAAUUACUAUUGGUUUGACUUUUUUCUCUCUCUCUCUUUAUAGAGUGAAUGUGUGGAUAUAUUUUCAGUAUAUUGUGAUCUGCUUGGUUUAAGACUAUUGUCAUCUGAUGCUCUUAAUUGACAUGGUUUUGUCGAAAGCAGAAGUGCAGCAUUAUUCAGGAAGAUGGUGUGUAGUGUGGAUGUUCUCAGGUGAAGAAAUAAUGAAUGUAUAUACCUAUGCAAUACUAUACUUGUGGGACUGGGAAGAAAUAAUGCUAGUGCAAAUUUUCAUUUUGUCUACUGGUUUCAAGUCUGAAGUGUAGAACUGGACAUAAAUGAUUAAAUACAUAUAACACUGAUAAAUCCAGGAAGAUUACAUACUACGUGGGUGCUGUGCUGUAUAUGCGAGAAUAACUAACUCAAAUCACUUUUAAUAUGGAUAGAUAAGGUGGCCAAGCCAUGUGUAUAUGUGGGGUACACUGAGUCAUCACUGAUUAAUGGGAAACGUAUGUUGAGUGAUCUUUUGUUAAUUGGUGGUGAGUCUGUAUGUUGUCUGUGUUUUAAGUAUAAGGCACAUAUCUCUUAAAUCAAUUGUAGCAAACUGUGCUUGGUUACAGGGCAAUAUGUGUUCGUAUGAGCUGAGCAGGGGUUUGGGGGAAAUGCAAGUCACCUAAAUGCUUUCUGUGCUUGAGUGUACAGCAGCAUGUGUUUAUCAGUCACACAAGUGAGUGGGACGUUUUUCUCAUGUAUGAGGUGCAGCCUAGAUGUCUCAAGAUUGAAUUAUCUGACAGUGGCGGGAUAAUGAACUGUUGCUAGUAGAAAAGUAGGAAAUAGAUCUAAACAUGGAGACAUCACUAUAUGAAAAUCAAUGGAAUGAGCAGAAUAUGCCUUGUAAUACUUCAAGUAGCUUUGUAGAUUAUUGAAGUGGUUACAAUACUAGGAAUCCUACCAUUUCAUUCUCCUGGAUAUUCUUUAUUACCAGUUUAGUCUACAGUUUGUAGACUUCACCCUUCUCCUACCUAUUGAUGUCAAUUACUUGUACUGUGUGAGAACACAGUCUGCUCACCAUACAGAGGAUAGUGUAAGUCCAUCACUUACUGUAAGUGCUGUGAGCUAGACAGGAAACAGUGAUCCUUGCAUGCACGCCACUCCUGCAUGUGAGGAAAAUGUAAGAACGCAGUCCACCUUCACACCAAACAAGUGCUUGGACGACUGAUCCUCUCAUAAUGGACCAUGCAUUAUGAGAGGUCUAUGCCUUAGACAUAUUUCUUUUUAUGGAUGAAGCAAAUAGUUUUUGUAUAUUAUCGAUCUAAAUCGUAUUAAUGCUUACUAAAUGUGCUUAAUUAUAUGCUUGUGAUAUAACUUAUACAUGUGCUUUAAUGUUUCAGGUUCUGUAUUCCUAUUCAAUAGGAUUUGUUUACAUAUUAUUUGGGUUAGUGGCCACCAGUGGGCUAAGUCCUGCUAUAGAAUUCUGCUCAAAGGUAAGUACUUGUAUUAGAGUAUGAAACUUUUUUGCAAAAAUUUUCCCAUAAUAAUCUUAUGGGAGAAGCAUGGUUAGCAAACUUUGAAGACUGAGCUGAAAAUCUUAUUUGACAUUCUAUAAUGUCAUGCAUCUGAUUCUUAUGGUAGAUUACCGCCCACAGUGUAAAAUGCAAGAAUGUUAUAUUAUUUGAAGUUGAUUUGUGUCACCACAAAUGUUAUUAAAAAUGAGUCCUUUAUGCAGCUUUUCAUUACACUUUUAACCCCACAAUAUAAAUUGGGUAAUUAUUUGUAGUUCGUACUAUUUGCCGAACAGCACAAGUUCUUUUUGAAUGCUUUAACAUGAACGUUCUGUGUUUUAGUAUCCAUUUCAGACUUAUGGAUAUGCAUUCCUUUUCUCCCUGACUGGCUACUUUGGAAUCUCUUUUGUACUGGCAUUAAUUAAACUGUUUGGUGCUCUUCUUGCCGUGACAGGUAAGAACAUACAUGAAACAUUGUAGGACGGCCUUAUUGGUUAAUGUUCCAAAUGAAGUACUUGCUUAAACCUCUGGGUCACAUAAUUUACUGCACUCACACAACAGCAUUUACUUAAAGCAUCAAGCUGGUGCAUCCAAACCCCAAGGUGGCAAGCCUCAGCGAUUUUUUUUAUAUAUAUAUAUAUAUAUAUAUAUAUAUAUAUAUAUAUAUAUAUAUAGUCAAGGCACACAAAUAAUCUUAAAGUACAGAUUUUAAUACGAGCUAGCCAACAUGACAACAUUUCGACCUCCCAUGGCAUUUGUCAAUUCAAAUCAUAUAAAGCAGUGUAUUAUAUACCCCACUCCAUACAAUUAAAUUGUUUAUAUCCGAAAGUAACACAUUAACCCCUUAAGGACACAUGACAGAAAUAUUCCGUCAUGAUUCCCUUUUAUUCCCGAAGUUGUGUCCUUAAGGGGUUAAAUAGUGAAUACAGAAGCCAAACUUAAAUACAAAUCGCAUCCACGAGGAUGCCCUCCAUAACCCUCGCUAUCACAUUAAUCUGUAAGUGACUUCAACAUGAAUUUGGCUUUGAACUAUGCUGCUACACACAGGAAAGCAUUAAAAUAGAUCUGUAGUGAGGUGUUUCAGUAUUACUUGUUAAAAUGUAUUUUGUUUUUAUAUUUGUCUUCCCAAAAUGUCUCAUUUUAGAGUUAUUAUUGUAUAAAGGUAGGGACUAUUUUAUCUUCACAGUGUUAGGGCUGUACAUUUGUGGUUGCGCCAACAGAAUAUUUUGUUACCUAAGCAAUAUUUAUGCUUUUUUAAGAUUCAGUUAAUUGCUUAACUAGAUGAUGGGAAUUGUUCACCUUUCUGAGGUAACAAGCCAUAAAAGCCAACUACCCCAUCAUGGACUUCUGAAAGCUACUAUACUGCAUGCAAAUUUGCUGUACAUUGAGAAUGAAUUUGCUGAAUCAUUUGGAGCACUAGUGGCCAUGUUGCUCAGUUCGGAGUGCUUUCUGUUUGAUAGUAUUUUAAUUUAGUGUGUGCAAGAUUUAUCCAUUUGCAUGAGAGUACACUGGCUGAAAUACUUCUGCUACGUUCGAGUUGUUGCAGACAUCUGCAGUCUCAUGGAGCAUAUCUGGCCCUUACAUUGCAACACCCACAUUUUAAAAAGAAACUAAUAAAACAGUUUGCGAUAUUUCAGUAAAGAAAUAUACCAAAACCAUUUAAGAGAUUCACUUUCAAAGAGUAUUUUUCUUCCAAAACAAAAUGGCUCUCUUAUGUAUCAGCCACAGAGCUGCAUGCAAAUGUAGACUAAAUAAACAAGGCAUCCCAUGCCAGCAUAACUCAUGAGGACUAGAAUGCUAUGACUGAUAAGUAUAGCAUUUGUAACAUUUAGUCAUUAAUGGACAACCACAAGCACCACUUGGACACUGGAUUAAUAUCAAAUAUCCUUGCCUGAUGCCAAUUUUGGCAUGCGCACAGGUGUGAACAGCUGAGUUCCUUUAUUAUUAAAUAAAAAUAUUUAAAUGCAUGUAUUGUGAAGAGUUCAAACUUUCUCAAAUAACCUUUUUAUAUUGAUUUUUUUUUUCUUCUCUUCUAAUAUCUGCAGUGACAACAGGGAGGAAGGCAAUGACAAUUGUACUUUCUUUCUUGUUUUUUGCAAAACCCUUCACUUUUCAGUAAGUAAAUUAAUGUGCUUUGUGAAGACUUGCUGCUAAGCUGGGUUUUUAACAUUAUAUUAUGUAUUUUAUAAAAUAAUCUGUCCACAUGUAUGUAAUAUUUUAAUACAUCAGUUGUAUUCAGAGCUAAUCCUAUUUGACAGUGUAGUAGCAAAAACAUAUGCCAUCACGCUUGCUAUUAUGAAUGAUUUUUUUCACAUUAAUGCAUUUUUUGUAAAUUUACAGAUACAAUAUAUGUCAUUGUGUUGUGUUUUAUUUAAAUGAUUUGUAUAUACUGUAGCUGAAUACCUCCUAUCAGUUGAAUUCUAGCUAUGUUGAAAUCUGGUUUUGACUUUAAGACACAGCUGAUUUUGGCUCAGAAAUUCUCUUCUGAUCAGAAUCAGGUUAGUUGAAUCGGGUUAAUUAGGAAGAGCUGUUUAGCUUUCAGAUGUAACUUUUUUUCAGUGAAGUAUAUUCGUUAAUCUGAAAGGGCACUCACGGUAUUUUCACUUGCUUGAGUAAACGUCCGCUCUCCUUCAAUCCUUUGCAAUAGGAGAUACAAAAAAGCAACACUUCCUCUUCGCUGAGUAACAAGUGUUGAGACAUUGACAGACUAUCCAUUUGGAUGCUCAAAACAAAUUCACUCCCUGAAGAUGCAGUGUUGCUGAAUUUUCUGGCCACUUCACUAUUUUCUGAUAAGAUUGGCCAUUAGUUACCCUGCCCUCUUGAUUUAAACCUCUGAUAGAGGACAAAAGGUGAUCUCUGAAAUAUCUGAGAUCUGAAAUAUAAAAUGUAAAUAGCGUAUUUUAGCAUUGUUUUAUAAUUUAUUUUUUUAUUUUUUGUCGGAAUCACAUGAUACUUAAGUGCCUUUUGUCUGUGUAUUUUGUGAUUUGUGUAUUUAUUAAUGUAACUUUACAACCAAGUAUUUAUUGUUUUUCUCUUCUUUCAGGUACAUAUGGUCUGGAUUGUUAGUUGUUCUUGGAAUAUUUUUAAAUGUUUACAGCAAGAAUAUGGAUGUUAUGAAACUGUCCCAAAUUUACAGCUUCUUGAAGAAGAAGGGAGCAGAAGGGAAAACUAGGACGUUCUCUCAGACUGUAUAAUAAUUUUUGUUUUUCUAGGUUUUUAUUUUAUAAUUAAAACAAUCAUUAAAUGAUUAUAUUUUUCCAAAGGGAAUAUGGAUACACUUAAGAUAAAGAUAAGGCAUAUUGCCUACUUGCUACUGCUGAGUACAAAAUCAGACAAAAUUGCAGCGUCUGAUCCGUUUCCUCCACUCUGCUGACCUGUGGGCGUUAUUUAGUAUAAGGUUGUGUGUGAUCUUUUGCAAGAUGUUUAGUUCUGGGAGAGUUCUCAGCCUCUGUCAGAAGGGCAUAUUUCAAAUGGACCAUGGCAUUAUUUUAUAUUCUUUUAAUACUGCAAAAGAAAUUAUGAUCAGUGUUUAAAGACCAAAUUGUCAUUGUCUCAAAUGAAAAUGUAUUUUAAGAUGUAAAUCACAUCAGUUUGUUUAGGUUAAUCAUGUCAUGCAGGUUAUAGACUGUUUAAACUAUACUAUGUCUGUUUUUGCGCAUGGGCCUUUUACAAAUAAUAAAAAAGUCAUACUAAAGAAUUUUAACAUGAACUGCA